GUCUGCGCUGAAAGAUUCUAAACCGCGGAUUUGGGCCGCUGGGAUGUUGUGGCGAGACCCGGCUAGCUUAUCUCUAGUACUAUUGUCCCGCUCAGGAUGCAGCGAAAAGCGGAGGGGACGGCGAGAUGUCUCUGAAGCCUGUAGGCUCUGCGAUGAAGAAGAUUUUUGGCUUUCGGAGUAGGAAGGGCGAGUCGCCCCGGGGCUCCCUCACCAGCCGGAGGAGGGCCGGCGCGGGCGUCGGGCAUGCGAGUAGUGCUGGAGUCAACUCACGGCCCGGGUACCACCUCCGAGACGAGGAUCUCGGAAAGAUCCACAAAGCUGCCAGCGUGGGCAACGUAGCGAAAGUGCAGCAGAUUCUGUUGCUUGGGAAAAGUGGCUUGAAUGAUAGAGACAAGUUGAACAGGACUGCUCUGCAUUUGGCCUGUGCCAAUGGCCAUCCAGAAGUGGUAACUCUCCUUGUAGAGAGAAAAUGCCAGCUUAACCUUUGUGACAGUGAAAACAGAACAGCUCUGAUAAAGGCCGUACAAUGCCAGCAAGAGGAAUGUGCAACUAUUCUGCUAGAACAUGGUGCUGAUCCAAAUCUUACGGACAUCAGUGGCAAUACUGCUCUCCACUAUGCUGCUCGUGGUGAGAAUCUGUCAAUAGCAGCAAAGCUGCUUUCACACAAUGCAAAUAUCGAAGCAAGAAACAAGGAUGACCUCACACCACUUUUACUUGCUGUGAGUGAAAACAAACAGCAAAUGGUGGAAUUUUUAGUAAAGAAAGAAGCAAAUAUACAUGCAGUUGAUAAGAUGAAAAGAACAGCCCUCAUGCUUGCUGUAAAUUAUGAAUCAACAAAUAUAGUCAGGCUUCUUCUUCAGCAAGGUAUUGAUGUCUUUUCUCAAGAUAUCUAUGGAUGGACUGCAGAAGCAUAUGCUGUUGUUAGUGGUUUUACUAUCAAUUGCCAACUAAUUUCUGAAUGUAAAGAAGAAAAGAGACCUAAAACUUCUUCUCAAAAUAGCAAUCCAGUGGAUAUAGGAAUACAGGAAUCUCCAAGGCAAAUAUCAAGACAAACAGAUUCGAGGAAAGUGGAUGAGAGUUCUGAAGAAUACUCUUUAAGCAGGCUUUCCAACAAACCUGGCGUUGAUGAUUCAUGGCCUACUUCGGAUGAUGAAGGCUUAGAUUUUGACACCAAGAAUGUCUCGAAACCAAGCUUAACAAAGCUAAUGACUGCUUUCCAGCAAUCCAAGAAAAACAUAGAAUCAAAACGUGAUAUUGUGAGACCAGAAAAUAGAACGUUAUUUGAGGACAAUAAUUCUGAUAGUGAAAAUGAAGGUGUGGUUGAAACACUUCCCAAACCAUCAAUCAAAGUCCAGGGCUUUUCUCAUUUUGCCUUUCCAUCACCUGAACCUCUUCUAAAACCUUCUAUGAGGCCUUUUGCAGACCUUGAUCUUACGAAGGAAGGAGCAACAAAGCCAGAAAUUGCAAAAAAAGAAAAUGGUAUUGAUGUUACUGAAAGUGCUCCACAACAGCAAACAAAUAAUGACAAUUUGACCUCUGUUGAUGGAGCACACAAAGAUAAUAGAAGUGAUCUGAUGUCAGCAUUAGGAUUAGGAGAAGAGGAAGAUGUAGAAUCACCUUGGGAUUCUGAGAGUAUUUCUGAGAGUCUUCCACAGAAGUAUGUUGAUCAUUUAUCUGGACCUGCAGACCAAAGAGGAAAAAAUAUAUUAAAUGAACAAGUAGAAGAUGUGUUUUAUAUACCUUCUUGCAUGAGUGGAUCAAGAAACUUUAAGAUGGCUAAACUAGAGGAUAAAAGAUGUGUAGGCACACCAGUAGCCCACAUGGAUUCUCCUGAAAAAUAUUCUCACUUGCAGCCUACCAUUGAAGUGAAAGAUUCUGUUCCUGAUAAAGCAAUAGGAGUGAAGGAUGUGCAAACAUCCAGAUCAGAUUGGGAUUCUACUAGUUUGACCCUCAAUAACAAGACUUGUCAAAGAUCCGGGAAUUUGAACGUUGAUGAUAAAUGUCCAUUUGUAUCACAAUCAAUGACCAAAAAUCAGGCAGCAUCCACAGAAUUUGGACAGAUGACCUUAAUAGAUAAAGAAAAGAUGAAUAUUGGAGCUGUGUUUCUAGUAGGGAAUUAUAAGCUCCAUGACCUGUGUGAAUCACAGCUACCAGAAAACAGAGAGAGCAAAAAAGCAGAAGUAAACUUAGAAAUCGCAUCAGAAGAAGAGCAAGAAACACUUGAUGGAAGUGAAAAUAACCACCCACAGGAUAAGGUUAUCUUACAAACAUACUCUCCCGCAGAAAAGACAUCUGAAAAUCAAAACAAGCAAAUUAAUCUUCCACUUUUGCAUCUGCCAAAAAUGCAUCAAGAACCAGAAAUGAAUAAGGAAUGUGAUAGAGAGAAUAUAUCUGUAUAUUCAGGACUUCCUUGUAUGCAAAAGUAUGAGGAAAUGUGGAUCAAACAAGGCAAAUUAGAGUGGAAAAAUAAUUUAAAACUCGUCACAAAUGAGUUAUUGCAGAAGUUUGGUGAAAUUUGUGAAAAAUACAAAAUUACUGCUUGUCCUGAGGAAGAGCCACUACAUGAUAAUUCUAAAGACGGAGCAAACUUAAAGGAAAUACCUUCUAAUUUGACAAAUUAUACACUUGAUUGUGAGGAAAAAGAUGCAUUUGGAGUGUCUAUCUCUGUAGUAUUCCAGGCAUUUCCUGGACAAAAAGAACCCAGUCUCAAAAAUGUCUUUCCAUCUUAUUCAGACGCUGGGUCUCCGGAAUAUGCUUGCCAGUCACCUUCAAAGCUUUAUUUAAAAGAAAAUAAAUUAGACUAUGAAAAUGAUAAAUCAGACAGUGAACAUGUUUUUAACAAAAAUGAGGAGACUUGUUAUAAUGAUCCAGAAAAUAAAAAAGUAAGGAACCCAGUAGUUACAUUUGAAGUGAAAGAAGACCACGAGUUUGAUGUGCAAAUGACAAAAAAUGUCACCCAAAGUACCACUAAUUGGAAUUUAGACAUCGGACAUACACCUCAGUCUAGUGAUCCACAAAGUCUUUUUGAUUUGUGGCUUGCCCGCUCCAGUGGGAUGAAACACAUGAUUCAAAUAAAAAAGCAUGAAAUUUCUGCUCUUACAAAUACUUAUAAGAAAGCAAAACCAACCCAAGACUUGUUUCAGAAGCCAUUAUAUGCAGAUAAUUGCAGUGCUAAUAACUAUAACAGCAUGGAACCUGAAUUAGAAAAUGUGAGUUCUCUACCACAUUGUGAUAGAACAUCCAGAGUAUAUCUAAACGAAGAGUUACUGCAAGAUAUGCAAAGGUUUAAGAAUGAGAUAGGCAUGUUACAAGUAGAAUUCCUGGCUUUGGAGAAAGAGAAAGUUCAGCUUCAAAAAGAGGUUGAAGAAGAAAAGAAGAAGCACAAAAGUAGUGAAAUGGAAGUAGCAGAAAACAUAGAUAUUGCUGCUGCUGCUGCUGCUGAGGAUAGAUUUAUUCAACAAACAAAGAGUGGACCAGCUGAUAACCAGCACUUUCCUAUUAUGGAGAAUGAAGAUUCUGAUAGGAACCCUGCCUGCAUGCCACGAUCCUUCCUUUCUAAAGAGACUGUACUGAAUAGUGGUCCUGGCUUGCAUAUGAAGGAAGUAAAGAAAAAUGAAGAUGAGAAACGGACAUCAAAAGAAUCUGUGAUUACCCCGGUGUUUGAAAAGGCCAGUUCACUAACUGGUGGUCUGCUACAAGUGAAUGAUGACAGCAGUUUAAGUGAAACAGAUCAGGAUGAUGGAAGGCCUGCAAAGAAAACAUCUAAUGAAAAGAACAAGGUCAAAAAGCAAAUUAAUUCUAUGGAUGACCUUGCUGAUUUAACUCAAUCGUCUGAAUCAGCUUCAGAGGAUUGCGAGUUGCCAUGCUCCAAUUAUAUGAAUUCCAUGUUGCUAAUUGAACGACUUGGCAUGGAUUGUAAAGAUUCUGUUAGCCUAUUGAAAAUCCAGAAUGCAGUUCUUUCAUAUGAAAGAUUAAUAGAACUUAAAAAAAAUCACUGUGAACUACUUACAGGAAAAAUUAAAAAAAUGGAAAGUAAGAUUAGUGGACUACAAAAGGAGCUGUCAGAAACAAAAGAAAUAAAAUCGCAGUUAGAGCAUCAAAAAGUGGAAUGGGAACGAGAAGUCUGCAGUUUGAGAUUUACCUUAAAACAAGAAGAAGAGAAGAGAAGAACUGCUGAUAAGUUAUAUGAAAAAGUUAGGGAGCAGUUAAGGAGAAAAGAAGAGCAAUAUAGUAAAGAAGUUGAAAUGAAACAACAACUUGAACUCACUCUUAGAACACUAGACAUGGAAUUGAGGACUGUAAGAAAUAAUUUGAAUCAAGUUGUAGAAGAGCGAAAUGACACUCAGAGGCAACUCUCUCGAGAACAGAAUGCCAGAAUGUUACAGGAUGGAAUUCUGACCAAUCACCUUUGCAAACAAAAGGAGAUAGAAAUGGCUCAUAAGAAAUUGAAUACUGAGGUUUCUGAUAGUCGUGACAAAGAAAAAGAUCUGUUGCAUGAAAACCACAUGCUACAGGAUGAAAUUGCCAUGCUAAGACUGGAAAUAGACACAAUAAAAAAUCAGAACAAGGAAAAGGAAAAGAAAUAUUAUGAGGAAAUUGAAAGUGUAAAAGAAAAGAAUGAUGAUCUUCAAAAGACAAUAAAACUGAAUGAGGAAACAUUAACAAAAACAAUAUUCCAGUAUAGUGGACAGCUUAAUGUUCUGACAGCUGAGAAUACCGUGCUAAACUCUAAACUGGAGAAUGAAAAACAAAACAAAGAAAGACUGGAGACAGAAGUUGAAUCAUACCGUUCUAGACUGGCUACUGCUAUCCACGAUCAUGAUCAAAGCCAGACAUCAAAAAAAGACCUAGACCUUGCUUUCCAGAGAGCAAGAGAUGAGUGGUUUCGUUUACAAGACAAAAUGAAUUUUGAUGUAUCUAAUCUAAAAGAUAAUAAUGAGAUUCUGUCUCAACAACUUUCUAAAGCUGAAAGUAAAGUCAAUAGCCUAGAAAUUGAGCUCCAUCACACAAGAGAUGUUCUCAGAGAAAAGACUUUGGUUUUAGAACGUGUACAAAGCGACCUAAACCAAACACAGUGUCAAAAGAAGGAAAUUGAACACAUGUAUCAAAGUGAACAAGGUAAAGUGAAUAAAUACAUUGGAAAGCAGGAAUCCUUAGAGGAGAGAUUAUCUCAACUACAAAGUGAAAAUAUGUUGCUUCGACAGCAACUGGAUGAUGCUCACAACAAAGCUGAUAGUAAAGACAGGACAGUAAUUAAUAUCCAAGACCAGUUUCAGGAUAUUGUAACAAAACUUCAAGCCAAAAGUGAAAAGCAAGGUCUUAUGCUGGAAGAAAGAAAUAAGGAGUUAAUGGAUGAAUGUAAUCAUUUAAAAGAAAGAAUGUAUCAGUAUGAAAAUGAGAAAGCAGAAAGAGAAGUAGUUGUGAGACAACUUCAACAAGAACUGGCUGAUACCCUAAAAAAGCAAUCCAUGUCAGAGGCUUCACUGGAGGUUACAUCACGAUAUCGUAUUAGUUUAGAAGAUGAGACACAGGAUUUAAAGAAGAAAUUAGGUCAAAUCAGAAAUCAAUUGCAAGAAGCACAGGAUCGACAUAUAGAGGCUGUAAGAUGUGCUGAGAAGACGCAAGAUCACGUGCAAAAGCUUGAAAUUGAAAAUGCCAAGUUAAAAGUUACAAUCAAAAAGCAAACGGGCAAAAUUGAACAGCUUCAGAAAAACCUGUUAGGUACAAGUUCGGAGAGGCUGCCUGUGGUUUCAGAUCAGAAGAUUGCAUUUUGGACCCUGAGUUGGAGCAGUGAGUCUGAGGAUGAAAAGGAACAAUUAAAGAAAUUUACUGAGUUAAAACAAUCUCUGGAAUAUAGUUUGGAUCAAGAAAUGAAGAAAAAUAGUGAAUUAGAAAAAGAGAUUACUGGAUUUAAGAAACUCUUAAAAAUGACAAGAAAGAAGUUAAAUGAAUAUGAAAAUGGAGAGCUUAGUUUCCAGGGAGAUUUAAAAACCAAUCAAAUUGAAAUGGAUAUUCAGAUUAAUAUGCUAAAACAUAAGAUUGAUGAUCUUACAGCAAAACUGGAAACUGCAUCUUCAAAAUGUGUACAUCUGGAUGCAGAAAAGCAAGUUCUUCAACAGGAAUUAUUAUCUAUGAAAGCAAUACAAAAGAAAUGUGAAAAACUAGAGAAGAGUAAAAGGAAGUUGGAACAAGAAGUGGUAAAUCUCAGAAGUCACAUAGAAAUGAAUAUGGUGGAACACAGUCAAGUAGAACAGUAUAAAUGGGAGAUUGAAGAAAGAGCAAGACAGGAUAUAGUGGAAAAAUUAAAAGAAGUCAAUCUAUUUUUGCAGACACAAGCAGCAGCUCAAGAAAACUUAGAGCAGUUAAGAGAGAAUAAUAAUGCUUCAAUAAGAAGUCAAAUGGAACAUAGAAUUAAAGAUCUGGAAUCUGAACUCUCCAAAAUGAAAAUUUCUCAAGAAGAUUUUAAUAAAACAGAAUUGGAAAAAUAUAAGCAACUCUAUCUAGAAGAAUCAAAAGUUAGAAAAUCAUUGGAAAAUAAACUAAACAAGACUAAUGAGAGGCUGGCAGAGAUCAGUACUGAACUUCUCCUGAAGAAAGAGCAGAACAGAUCUUUACUCAGCACUCUUACUACGAGGCCAGGCCUGGAGCCGCCUUGUGUUGGAAAUCACAAUAGUAGUUUAGUGCUCAACAGAAAUCUUACUCCAAGAGAAAACUUGGUUAUUCCUUCCUCAAGGCCACGGCCUUCGAAUAACAGCAUGGAGACUUACUAUACCAAGAUGCAGCAGGAGUUGGAAAAAAAUAUAACUAGAGAACUAGAAGAAGCUGCUGCUGAAUUUGAAUCUGGACCCUGUAGAGCUUCUCCUCUAGGAUCUACUGAUGAGUCAAAUCUAAGUCAAGAUCUGCUUUUGAAAACGUCACAAGAAUAUGUCCAGAUUUUGAAGAAAAAUUAUAUGAUCUGAAAAAUAAAUAGUAAAAAUUUAUUUACUAGGCUUAGUUUACAUAACGUUUUGUUUCCCAUCAAACAUAUGAUGUGAAAAUUUUAAAGGAAAAUAUUUUUGUAUUGUAUGUGUAUGAUGCUAAUUUAUAUGGUAUUUUAAACUGUUUCUUAGCAUCAAACUAACUUUUAACCAGAUUUUGGGAAUGAAAACCAGCACUUACAUACUCAAACUGCCCACAUACCAGCUGUUUAAACAGCACCCAAGCAACCAGGUUGUCAUUAAUACGUCAGUGGUGUUAAUUAAUAGCUUUUUUGUAUUUUAUAAUUUUUUUUUACUGUAUAUGGACCUAAAGAUUUAGACAGACAUCAUUUUGAUAUACUGCAGCUGUGGCUAUUGUCAAUGUUUGGAUAUGUUACAAUUGUUAUAGUGCCAUAAAACUUAGUAUAUAUAAUUUUAAUUUUAAACACUGAUUCAUAGAUCUUUCCUCAUAGAGAAAUAAAAUUUGCCUAAGGCUGUU